GUACACAGCUCUGGGAUGGUACCCAGGCUACUCCUACCAUGGACUAAGUCCCUUUUUUCCCCCGACAGAAUCGUGCGAGAGCCUGAGAUCCUCUCCGACCCAAUGCUGCACCUGUUCCUACAAACACAACUUCCUCCCAAGGAAAUCGUCCGAGUGAAGAAGGGGGAAACGGGCAAGUCUGUGGUGGACACCAUCUUAGGAGCGGAGGAAAACCAACUGGACGCAUCAAGUGAUUCUUCAGCCUCCAGCGGCUUUGUGGAGGUCAGUGACAGCGACUCUUGUGGAAGCGGUUACCUAGUGAUUGGUCCCCAUGGCAACAUCCAAGACGUGUCCGACACCGAUGACGAAGACUGCAUCAUUCCGGAGUUGACCAUCGUGAGAAAAAACUCAGACCCGUCACCGUGGAGACACUUGUCCCGGGAGAAACACACUCUGUUUGCCCAUGGGGGAGGACAGAGCUCUGGCAUCAAGCACAAGAUAAAAUGCGUCACAUUCAGUGAUGCGACGACGUCAGUGAGUUUGUGAUCGUCUACCAGAAAACAGAGUUAUUUUGCUACAAAAGAAAACAGAUUUAUAUUGUCUACUACAGUAGUAGGUGGUAUCAAUGGUCGUUCCCUGGUAGAAUAACUGUGUACUUGGCAGGGAAACUGUAUACUACUAUGUCUUGUAGUUAAGAACAUCAUGAAUUAAUCAGUGAAAGAUAAGCAUUCUUAUGCCAAAGUUAUUUUUAAUAUGCUGCAUAGUUUUAAAGGAUACGCUACUUUUCACAGUAUAUUGUAUGAUAUUUAACGUACAAUGUAUUACUUUUUAUGGUAUACUUAACCUUUUAGAGAAAACUUAGCUUGGAGCUGAGGGGAAGGAAUAUCAGGAUAUGACUUCAUCAGCUGGCAAAGACUUUUUUGCAACUUUUUUGUAAGGGUUGAAAUUUCUUGUAAAGAGCCGUUUUUGUUUAAUACAGUAACUGUAAAUUUUAAUGUAAUUAGUAUGUAAAUUUGUACACAAAUGCAGUUUUAGACAGUAGGUAAAAUUCAUGUUAAUGCUACUGAUCAUUUGUUCACUUUCUCGCUCCUGUUUAAAUUAUGUCAAAACAGAACAAGGGGUGCUGCAUAACACAUCUGCAGCAAUCUGAUAGUACCUUAUGUAGAAUUCAACAUUUUCUGAUUGUCAAGACAUUUGUAUAUAUUGUCUAAAAGCCCAUCCAUGAUAUUGAGAAGAUUGAUCAAGAUGAUUCAUUCUGAAGGUAACAAUUAAGGUAAUGGAUAAACAGUGGUAUUCAAAAUGCUGUACACACAAUCAAAGUCAUUUUUCACGUUUUCUUUGUUGCCAGAUUGUAUGCCGAUUUUUGAAGAUAUGUAGACGUUUAAAAAAAUAGAACUGACCUCAGGACACCUACUGUAAGAUCUAAGGUCUUAAAUGUAUCAAAUGUAAUAAAUGCAGUAACCAUGGUAACGUGUUCUUAAAAUGCAGUCCUGACAUUUUUAUCUUCGAUGACUAGGCAGGGGUAGUCAACAUUAAGUUAAGAUCAGUUUUCUGGAAUAAGCAACUGUAUAAAGAUGAAAGUUGUAUUGU